AUGCUCGCAGCUUCAAAUGAAUCUGUGGUAGGAACAAAACUUACAAAAGAGAGAAUAACAGUCAUUCCUUGUAGCAACGCAGAUGGUACCCACAAGCUCCCCUUGUUUGUUACUGUCAAAUCUAAGAAGCCAAGGGCAUUCAAAAAUAUAAACUUAUCUUUCUUGCCGGUUUAUUACCACAAUCAAAAAUCUGCUUGGAUGGACUGCAACCUUUUUAAAUCUUCGUUUUUUAGUAAAAAGUAUAUCAGCUCAAUCUUGGGAAAAUCUGCAGAUCAUAACUUAUUUGAGGCAAUGAAAUCCCUGAACAUCAAAGAUGUUAUCUAUACAAUCGCAGCAGCAUCGGCUGCACUGAAACCUGACACACUAGCAAACCAACGAUGCACUGAAAUCAUUAAAGAUCUACAAACUCUGGAGCCGAACAUUACUGCCAAUGAAGUUGAAGAGUGGAUCCACGAAUGUGACAAAGACUGUGACACUUUUGAAGAGCUCAAUGAUGACCAAAUUGUUGCUGCUGUUAGCCAGGAAACUAUGAAUGAGGACUCGGAUGGCGAAGACGAACGCCCCACCCGGAUUUCACACAACCAUGCAAAAAACGCUUUUGACAUCGCCCUUCAAUACAUCAAGCACUAUCCAAAUUCAACUCCAAUGGACAUUUUGUGGAUAAAAAAAUGGAGGGACAUUGGAGUUAAAUCUAGAAUAACAUCUGCUAAACAAAAAUGCCUUCAUAAGGCUGUGGUGUUUAGCAAGACAAGCCAUCAGUGCCUUAUAGGCAGGCUGCAGUGUUCGCACGGGUGCAUAGAGGUGGACAGCUGGCGCAGUGUUGGAUGCUCAGGUGGGGCAGACAGUCAUAGUCCUUCAUUCAUGACCCAGUGGCAGUAG